CUUCUCACUUCUCACUUCUCACUUCUCACUUCUUACUUUACUGUUUUCCUCUUUUUUGCAUUGCUUCUCUUCUCCUUCAUUGACUCUUUACGUUCAAUCGAGCCCUCUCAUUCAACUCCAUUUCUUUUGAAUCAAGGGAUAGAUAAUUUGACCUUUGUGUGCAACAAAAAAACAUUCAUAUACAUCUUUAUUAUGUCUGGAAUAUAUCUUCUCGAUUACGGUGCUGGAAACGUCCGGAGCUUGGUCAAUGCUGUUAAGAAGCUUGGCUACGACAUCACCUUCGUCAAAGAUCCUUCUGAUAUCCUCAAAGCUGACAAACUUAUCUUCCCUGGCGUUGGUGCAUUCGGUAGCGCAAUGACAUCACUUGUGACCAAGGGCUACGCUGAGCCAUUGAAGCAAUACAUUGCCUCGAAUAAGCCCUUCAUGGGUAUCUGCGUGGGCAUGCAGACAUUAUUCGAAGGAUCUGAUGAAAGUCCGUCCGUCCCUGGGUUGGGGGUCAUCCCUGGUCGUGUCCAACUAUUUGAUUCAACCACAAAGGCUGUACCUCAUAUGGGAUGGAACACUGCACGGACGAUUCAAGGACUUGAGCGUGCUCAGAACUGUGGAUUAGAAUAUAAACGUACCUAUUACUUCGUGCAUUCUUUUGCAAUCCCCUUCAAUGAAGGCAGCCCAGAAGCGAAAGAAUGGGCGUUAACAACAACGCAGUAUGGCGAUCAGGUCUUUAUUUCAUCUGUCAGAAGAGGUAAUGUGUUUUGCACACAAUUCCACCCAGAGAAGAGUGGAUUUGCGGGCGUCAAUGUGCUCAAGGCAUUCUUGAGUGGCGAAACAGCUAUAGGCGUAGAGGCUGACGUGGCUGCAUUGACUGCACCACAGAUUCUGGUCCCAGGAUCCUUGUCUAUUUUAGCGCCUAGCUAUGUCCCUGAACCCUCGAAGGAUGAGUUCACGAAGCGUAUUGUUGCCUGUCUGGAUGUCCGUGCAAACGAUCAGGGUGAUCUGGUUGUGACAAAGGGAGACCAAUACGAUGUCCGUGAACAAGGAUCAUCCGAAUCAGGUAAAGGUGAUGUUCGGAACCUAGGAAAACCCGUAGAGUUAGCACGUCGUUAUUUUGAGGAAGGUGCAGAUGAGAUCACGUUCUUGAAUAUCACGUCUUUCAGAAACUGUCCACUGAUGGAUACACCCAUGCUGGAAGUGCUGCGUCGUGCCAGUGAGACAGUCUUUGUCCCAUUGACGAUUGGUGGUGGUAUCAAAGAUGUGGUUGAUCCUGAUGGCAAGUUGCACCCAGCAUUGGAAGUUGCGGGCGAGUACUUCAGAAGCGGAGCCGAUAAGGUAUCGAUUGGAUCAGAUGCUGUCUAUGCAGCUGAGAAAUUCUAUGCACUCGGAGGUAGAGGUGACGGGACCAGCGCAAUUGAGACGAUUGCGCAUGCAUAUGGGUCGCAAGCAGUAGUGAUUUCAGUAGAUCCCAAGAAGAUAUAUGUGAACUCGCCUUCAGAUGCUCCGACUCAUCAUGUUAUCGAGGCUCAGCAACCUGGUCCCAACGGCGAAAAGUACUGUUGGUACCAAUGCACUGUCUCAGGCGGUCGUGAGGGUCGUGAUUUAGAUGUCCGUCAGUUGGUGGUGGCAUGCCAGACAUUGGGAGCAGGAGAGAUUCUGCUGAAUUCGAUGGACCAAGAUGGUAUGAAGCAAGGAUAUGAUCUCAAGUUAAUCCAAGAUGUAAGGGAGGCCAUCAGGAUCCCUGUAAUUGCAUCGUCUGGUGCAGGAGCAGCCCAACAUUUUGUGGAUGUGUUCCAAAAGACUGGCGUAGAGGCUGCGUUAGCGGCAGGUAUUUUCCAUCGGAGAGAAGUACCGCUGGAGGAAGUCAAAGAGACCUGUAAGAAGAAUAACAUCCGAGUCCGAAACAUUGAUGCCCCUCUUGCUCUGUAGACUAGCAAAAGAAAGAUUUUUGUAUCUAAAGUAUUAAACAUUUAAAUAAAGUAUAGACCGG